ACCAACAUUCCACAUACCUAAACACAUAUAAUAAUCAUGUCGAACAGACCAGUACUUGAAGAAAUCGAUGACGAUGACAUCGACAUGGACAUGGACAUUGCCAAGUUUGAUCCAAACUUGAGAACGCCAAUAGCGCCUAUACAAGGGAAUGCAUUUCCUCCCAAAACCACCACUCCUCCAGCUAAGCCUGGACAUGGCCAGUCGGUAGAUCCUUCUGCCAUCGUAGACCCAAAUAAAUUCACCGAGGAAGAGCGUAACCACUUGAAGUCGUUCCAGAUUAUCUACCCAUGUUACUUUGAUAAGAAUAGAAGCCAUCGUGAAGGUAGAAGAGUAUCUUCCAACAAGGCGGUGGCCAACCCAUUAGCCAAGACGAUAUCAGAUGCGUGUCGUCAUCUUUUCCUCCACUGUAUGUUGGAGUUGGAUAAGACACACCCUCAAGACUUUGGUAAUCCUGGCCGUGUACGUGUAUGGUUGAAAGAAGAUGGUGAACCACAAGAUCAACGAUUCAAAACCAAACGUGAACUUCUUAAUGUGAUUGCAGACUAUUUGACUGCUCAUCCUACCACCUUAGAGAGCGUGGGACCUAACUCCGGUGUACCAUUGCCCAGAGAAUACGAGGUUGGAUAUGAACCUCUGUAUGUGCCCAAGGUUAAGGGUUACCGUAUGAAUACCGUGGUACCAGUACAUUCUCCACUCACGGUGAAACAUCCAAUGACUAAGGCCAUUUACGAUCCAGAACCUGAACCAUUGCCACAAAUCAAGCCUAACGCUCCUGCAUCGGCUAAACAAAUGAAGAAGAAGGUAAUGAAAAUCAGGGGUUAAUAUUUACGACAACAAAUAGUAUAUAUGUAUGUAUAUAUCAAUAAAAGGUUAACAACAAAAGAAAU